AUGGGUUACGAAGAUUCCGUCUAUCUCGCCAAGCUCGCCGAGCAGGCUGAGCGAUAUGAAGAGAUGGUCGAGAACAUGAAGUCCGUCGCCUCUGAAGACCAAGAACUCUCCGUCGAGGAGCGUAAUCUUUUGUCUGUUGCAUACAAAAAUGUCAUUGGUGCUCGUCGUGCAUCAUGGAGAAUCGUCACUUCCAUUGAGCAAAAGGAGGAAUCAAAAGGCAACUCAUCCCAGGUUACUCUCAUCAAGGAGUACCGUCAAAAGAUUGAAGCAGAACUUGCCAAGAUCUGCGAAGAUAUCCUCGAGGUUUUGGACAAACACUUGAUUCCUUCUGCCAAGAGCGGUGAAUCCAAGGUCUUCUACCACAAGAUGAAGGGUGAUUACCACCGUUAUCUCGCUGAGUUCGCCAUUGGCGACAAGCGAAAGGAGUCUGCCGACAAGUCUCUUGAGGCUUACAAGAAUGCAACCGAAGUUGCUCAAACUGACCUUGCACCAACUCACCCAAUCCGUCUUGGUCUUGCCCUUAACUUCUCCGUUUUCUACUACGAGAUCUUGAACUCCCCAGAUCAAGCUUGCCAUCUUGCCAAGCAAGCCUUCGAUGAUGCCAUUGCUGAACUCGAUACCCUUAGCGAGGAGAGCUACAAGGACUCCACAUUGAUCAUGCAACUUUUGAGAGAUAACUUGACCCUCUGGACUUCAUCAGAGGCCGAGCCAGCUCAAGAGUCCGCUGCCGCACCUGCUGAGGCCAAGGAAGCCGAGGCCGCUGCACCAGCUGAGGAGAAGCCAGCUGCUGAAUAG